CACUCCUAUUGGACCUCACCUCUCCUAUAUCUUAGCCUCCCUUUCCCCAUCUUUUCCCCAUUUCCAUUUUUUUCUAAAAUUUUCUCUCUCCUUCAGGAUUAGGCGAAUCUGAGAAAUGGCGGCAACAGAUUAUUCUCGGGAGGAGAACGUCUACAUGGCGAAGUUGGCGGAGCAGGCUGAGCGGUACGAGGAGAUGGUGGAGUUCAUGGAGAAGGUUGCGAAGACGGUGGAGGUUGAGGAGUUGACGGUGGAGGAGAGGAAUCUUCUCUCCGUGGCUUACAAGAACGUGAUUGGGGCGAGGAGGGCUUCGUGGAGGAUCAUUUCCUCCAUUGAGCAGAAGGAGGAGGGUAGAGGCAACGAGGACCACGUGACCGUUAUAAAGGAGUACAGGGGCAAGAUUGAGGCUGAACUCAGCAAGAUCUGUGAUGGGAUUUUGAACCUCCUUGAGACCAACCUCAUCCCCUCUGCUGCAACUCCCGAGUCCAAAGUCUUUUACCUUAAAAUGAAGGGUGAUUACCAUAGGUACCUUGCUGAGUUUAAGACUGGGGCAGAGAGGAAAGAGGCUGCAGAGAGUACAUUGCUUGCUUACAAAUCGGCUCAGGAUAUUGCUCUUGCUGACCUGGCCCCCACCCACCCGAUUAGGCUUGGACUUGCUCUCAACUUUUCUGUGUUUUAUUAUGAAAUCCUUAACUCACCAGAUCGUGCUUGUAACCUUGCCAAGCAGGCAUUUGAUGAGGCAAUUUCUGAGCUUGACACAUUGGGUGAAGAGUCAUACAAGGAUAGUACAUUGAUCAUGCAACUCCUCCGUGACAAUCUGACUUUGUGGACAUCAGACAUCACGGAUGAUGCUGGAGAUGAGAUCAAGGAAACAUCUAAGCAACAACCAGCUGAAUAGGCGAUGGGCAGUUGUAAUGUGGUAGUUGAUGUGAUAUGUAUUACCCUUAAUAUAGAUCCAAUGUGGCUUGCCAUUGUAGGAUUGUAUUAAUGGAUUUCAUGAUUUCAAGUGCGGGUUGCGCUUGGGAUUUACAAUGUUUCAAUGGUUCGUGUAUGUGUUUUAUUGAUGAGAAGAAUGUGGCUUGGUGGUUUAGUGAUUUACAAUUUUUUUGUUGUUGUUAGUGUAUGAAUGCAUAGUGUUCUUGUGAGGUUUAUUUUGCAUUUAAUGGUGUGUUUGUUUA